AUGGACGUCGCUUCAGCGAUUUCGGGCUACAUCUCGAAGAUUGCUGGCGUUGGUGAAGGCGCUGCCGCCUCUCAGAGUCAGAAGAUGAAAAUUCUCCUGCUAGAUUCCGAGACAGUCCCCAUCGUAUCUACCGCAAUCACCCAGUCCGCCCUCCUUCGAUACCAGAUCUACCUCAUUGACCGAAUCGAUAACCCUGCCCGCGAACGCAUGCGGCACCUCAGAUGUCUGUGCUUCGUCCGCCCAUCUCCGGACUCGAUCCAGUUCCUCAUCGAUGAGCUGCGCGAGCCCAAGUAUGGCGAAUACAACAUCUACUUCAGCAACAUCAUAAAAAAGUCCUCGCUAGAAAGAUUGGCCGAGGCGGACGAUCAUGAGGUGGUGAAGGCAGUCCAGGAGUACUUUGCAGAUUACAUUGUGGUCAACCCAGAUCUGAUGACCUUGAGCCUGGGUUUUCCCAAACAGAGACUAUGGAGCCACAGUCCAGACAUCUGGAACACCGAUGCAUUGCAAAGGACCACCGAGGGUGUGGUCGCCCUUCUAUUAUCACUGAAAAAGAACCCGCUGAUACGGUACGAGAAGAACAGCCUCAUGGCGAAGAAGCUAGCCACCGAAGUCCGCUACCAGAUCACCCAAGAAGAACAACUGUUCGAUUUUCGCAAGACUGACACUCCGCCACUGCUACUGAUUUUGGACCGGAGGGAUGAUCCUAUUACUCCACUACUCACCCAAUGGACGUACCAAGCUCAAGUCCAUGAAUUGCUCGGCAUCUACAACGGCCGAGUCGAUCUGAGCGCUGUUCCCGACAUCCGGCCAGAGCUCAAGGAAAUCGUCCUCUCGCAGGAUCAAGAUCCAUUCUUCAAGAAAAACAUGUAUCAAAAUUUCGGCGACCUGGGCGGAAGCAUCAAGGAAUAUGUCAACCAGUAUCAGACCCGAACCAAAUCCACCGCCCAGAUUGAGUCAAUAGCCGACAUGAAACGCUUUGUCGAGGACUACCCAGAGUUCCGAAAACUCUCCGGCAAUGUCUCUAAACACGUAACUCUGGUCAGCGAACUCAGUCGUCGUGUCUCGGCAGACUCACUGCUUGACGUCUCAGAAUUGGAGCAAAGUUUAGUCUGCAACGACAAUCAUGCUGCCGAUCUCAAGACCUUACAGCAACACAUUCAAAAUCCGAGCAUCCCUGCAGACAAUAAAAUCCGCCUCGUAGCGCUCUAUGCCAUCCGCUACGAACGCAACCCCAACAACGCCCUGCCUGUUCUCCUUGACUUGCUUACUUCCGUAGCCGACGUCCCUGCGUAUAAGAUCUCUAUCAUUCCCAAGCUUCUUGCUUAUCAUCACAGUCUUCAGCCUGCUCCCGUUGGUGGAGCUACCGGCUUUACCGACCUUUUCGACUCCGGUUCUUCUCCAUUCAGCCAAUUCCGCCGCAAUUUGAAUCUGAAGGGCGUUGAGAAUGUAUACACACAGCACUCCCCGCGUUUGGAAAACACGCUUCAGAAUCUCAUCAAGGGGCGAUUGAAGGAACUACAAUAUCCCUUUGUGGACGGACAUCAUACGCGGGAUAAACCUCAGGAUAUCAUCGUGUUUAUGGUGGGAGGCGUCACAUAUGAGGAAGCCAAGAUGGUAGCGCAGGUCAACGCCUCGGUGCCGGGCGUGAGAGUGGUGCUAGGAGGAACAAACGUGGUUAACUCAACAAUGUUCCUGGAGGAGGUGGAUGAUGCGGUCGGAAGCUGGCCGGAUCAAGGUCCUGCGACAGCGAGAGAAAGACUGGGCAGAGCCGUAGGAAGGUGA